AUGGCCUCGAACGACAAGUCUCAGUCUUCAGGUGUUGAGGAAGAAAGACCUCCACUCCCUCCGCGACCCAGCGAAUUAAAUCUCAUGCAUGUGAGACCAUCGACGAGUCAUAGCGCUCGGCCACCUACAAGAGGAGCCCUUACCUCUACCGCGACGACCGCUGUGUCUAUGACCGAUGUGAACAGCUACAACCGCCCAGACGGCUCCAAAGAAAUUCGGAUUGCUCCGUCUCGCGUUUCCUCCACGCCUUCAAUUCGUCCUUCAGUUAGUAAUAAGACAAGCGAGCUCGGGGAGGACAGCUCCAGUGUAAAGAGCUUCGCACCCUUUGGCCGGUUCAUCCAAGAGACAGAAAGCAUUUUUGAUGCCGAUGGACAAGAGGACCAAGUACUUUCAUCAUCUUUCGGUUCACUCGCACUCUUUGACCAGGACAGCGAUAGCGUUACUGAAAUUGGUGAUGUCGAUUUCGAGAAAGAGUUCGAAGAUCUUGAUGAGCACAUUGCAGGCGAAGAGGUGGCUCACUCACUAUGGAAGUCCAAGCGCAAACACUUUCUCAUCCUAUCCGCAGCUGGAAAGCCUAUCUUCACCCGUCACGGCUCUGAUGCUAUAAUAUCGAGCUAUGUUGGUAUCAUACAAACUGUCAUUUCCUCCUACGACGCCAAUAACGAUCAGCUUAGGAGUUUCCGGGCAGCCGGCACCCUUUUCGUGGUCUUAUCACAAACCAAUCUGUUUCUUGUAGGUAUUACAAAUCUGCCCGAAAGCGAGGCCCAGGUUCGCGUCCAGCUUGACGCCCUAUACAUGCAGAUCCUCUCAACCUUAACUCUCCCGACAUUGACGCACUUGUUUUCCGUGCGACCUUCCACGGAUUUGAGAAGACCUUUGGAAGGCACAGAAAUUCUACUGUCCUCACUUGCAGACAGCUUCACAAGGGGCUCUCCUUCCACGCUGUUAUCUGCGCUAGAGUGUUUGAAGAUACGAAAAUCCCAUCGAAGUAUUAUCAAUAGUACUAUGAUCAAAGCUCGUGUUGAUGAUCUCCUGUAUGGUUUAGUUGUGGCAGGAGGAAGAUUAGUGUCUGUCAUUCGACCCAAAAAACAUUCUUUGCAUCCCAGUGACCUACAACUGAUCUUCAACAUGCUUUUUGAAGCCGAAGGUAUCAAAGCAGGUGGAGGCGAGUCUUGGGUACCAAUCUGUCUCCCCGGCUUCAACAACACUGGUUAUCUCUAUAUGUACGUGAGCUUCCUUGAUAUGGGCGGCGCUCAGGUGCGUGAGCUCGACACGAACGAGCAUAUUGCAAAGGAAGACUCAGUAGCUAUUAUUCUCCUGAGCGCCAAUAAGGAGGGCUUCGAAGAUCUGCAAAGCAUGAAGAACUAUCUCGUUCAGGAAUUCCGACGGAAUGGAAGCAUGAAAGUCAUCCAGAGUGCAGUCCAGGCUGGUCGUCCUUCAUCUACGGACAUUAUUGCAGGCACCGUUCUUAGGCACUUUCUCUACAAAUCCAAGGGAAACGUUCAAUUUUUCAUGCCGUCUUUCUCACCCAGCUUCGAGACCAUCAAGCAACGAAGACGGUUGAUGUCUCUUUAUCACCGAUUACAUGCAAGUGUUCAUGCAAAGCACGCCUCGGUAAAGGUCCAUCAUAGUGUCGGUGCUCACUCGACUGCCCUAGCUUGGGUGACCCCAAUGUUUGAGCUGUAUUGUGUCGCGGAGCCGUCGACGUCUCGAAAUGCUCUUGCCCAAAACGCAAAUAAGGCUGUACAAUGGAUCCAGAAGGAAGAAGAAAGAAUAUUCAUAAUCGGAGGCGCAGUCUUUUGA